CACGUAGAAUGGCCAGAGAAGUCUGAAACAAAACAAAUGAGAAGAAGAAGAGCUUCAAACCCUCGAAAGCCAAAUUUGAUCCUGAAAAUCUUCGAAUAGUUAGUUUCUUACGUGUUAACUGUUCAAAAUUUUUAAGUCAUUUGAGUUUUCGCAGAGUCAAAAUCACUCUUUCUUGUCAAAUUACAGCAGGCUAACGUCUUUAAGAGGAUAAAAUACGUCUGCAGUUGUUUGAGAUACUGGAGAAGUAGACAUUUCACCAAUUCAUCUUAAGUAUCGCAAAGGAAAAGCUACUGUUUGCUGAAGGGCUGGAUAUCUGUUUAUUCUUGUUAUUCUGGCGCUCCUAUUUUCUUUUCUAUUUCAAGCGCUGCUCUUAUUGUAUUAUUGUCAGUAGGAGUUACGGAACAGACUGAGUGAGUUUUUUUGUGGUUUAUCUCUUCGAUUUCGAAGAAGCCUGUUCAGUUAAAGACUUCGAUAGCUUGAAUUUAUGGUGAAAUGUGCCAUCCAGAGGUCCGCAAAUAAAUUGUAUGGCCUCUCUACACCAAGAAUUUUGGCUGGAAAAUUUCGGAAAUGGAGGUUUGCUGACCAUUGUUUUGUGUGUUGAAAAAUUAAAUUUAGCGGAAAAGAUAGCGUUCAAGAGAUCUUUCUAAUAUUGAAAGCUGAAGGGCCUUUCUUAGGACCAACGGUUCGAAAUAAUAUUCGGCACUUCAAAGAGACUUGAUGUCUUUGCCACGGCAAAAGUGGAUUGAAGGCCUACAAUCUUCUUCUCUUUUCCGACCUCCUCCGCAGGAUGCUCAGCAAAGACAGAUAGAAAUAUUGGCAUAUGUGGAGCUUUUUGGCCAGUAUACUUCAGAAGAAUUUCCACAUGAUAUUGCAGAGAUAAUCCAUUGCCACUAUCCAAAUGAGGAGGUUUGUCUCUUGGAUGAUGUCUUAGCAACAUUUGUUCUUCACCAUCCAGAACAUGGACAUACAUUUAUCCAUCCGUUGUUGUCAUUGAUCAUCGAUAGAAUUGUAAUAUAUGACAAGAAGAUCCCUCCAUUCAGUUCCUUUAUUUCUUUGUUCAGUCCAUCUAGUAAGCUUCAUUUUCCCUGGCAGAAAGACUAUCCAGAGCAAUGGGGUGUAGCAUGUUUAGGGAUAUUGAGAGUAUUAACACAUUACAACCGACCACUACUAGAUAAUGAAGUUGAUAGAGCACAAAAUGGAGCAACUGAAAGGAGUGCAAGUGGGAACAGUGCAAGUACGAGCAAGAGUAGAGAUAAAGAACCAUUGGGUGAUUGUGCUCAACAAUAUCAAGAGAAGAAACCUUUGAGGCUUUUGACACCAUGGAUUACUGAUAGUUUGCUUGCUACAUCAAUGGGAAUAAGAAGUGACUAUUUUCGUUGGUGUGGUGGUGUUAUGGGGAAAUAUGCAGCUGGUGGAGAGCUAAAGCCCCCAAUAACUGCUGGAGGUCAAGGACCAGGAAAGCAUCCUCAACUUAUGCCAUCAACUCCAAGAUGGGCAGUUGCCAAUGGAGCUGGAGUCAUUCUAAGUGUCUGUGAUGAUGAAGUGGCUCGUUAUGAGAGUGUGAAUCUGACGUCUACUGCUGUACCUGUUCUCCUUCUUCCUCCUCCUACAACUGCUUUGGAUGAGCAUUUGAUUGCAGGACUACCUCCCCUUGAGCCAUUUGCAAACUUAUUCCACAGGUAUUAUGCAAUUGCUUCUCCCAGUUCUACUGAGAGACUACUUUUGGGCCUGCUAGAAGCUCCACCAUCGUGGGCUCCUGAUGCCCUUGAUGCCGCUGUGCAGCUCGUGGGACUUCUUAGGCAUGCAGAGGACUAUGCAUCCACAAUGCGACUUCCAAAAAAUUGGUUCCAUAUGCAUUUUCUGCAUGCAAUUGGUACAGCUCUGUCCAUGAGAGGUAGCAUUGCUGCAGAAGCAGCCGCAGCACUGUUAUUCCGCAUCAUUUCACAGCCUGGCUUGCUUUUUCCUCCUCCUAGACAUGCACAAGGAGUUGAUGUUCAGUGUGACAUAUAUGGUGCGUUUGGUCCUUCAAGACUUGGAGAGCAGAUGGAAGUGUCUGCUCAUCAAGCUAAUGUAGAAGCUACAGCCCAAGGUGUAGCAUCACUGAUGUGCAUUCAUGGGCCUGAUGUUGAAUGGAGAAUUUGUACUCUUUGGGAAGCUGCCUAUGGUCUACUGCCUCUCAGUUCUUCAAAAGUUGAUUUGCCGGAAAUGGUAGUAGCAACUCCUUUGCAACCACCAGUUUUAUCAUGGAAUCUGUUUCAUCCACUUCUUCGAGUUCUCGAAUAUCUACCUCGUGGAAGUCCAUCGGAGGUGUCUUUGAUGAAAAUAUUCACUGCUACUGUUGAAGCAAUCCUGCAAAGAACUUUUCCUGCAGAAGUGCAGGGGGAGCAGACAAGAAGAAUACGCAAUUCUCAUGCUUGUGUUGGACUUCCUUCCAAGAAACUUGUUGUGGCUGAGCUCCAUGCAAUGAUUCAUUCAUUAUUUAUAGAAACUUGUUCUUCAUUAGAACUUGCUUCUCAUUUACUUUUUGUGGUUCUUACUGUUUGCCUUAGACAUGAUGAUGCUGUCCAGCAAGGUAGCAGAAAAACAAAAAUAGGGGUACUUUCAAAUUUUACUGUGAAUGAUCGGCAGGAGACUAAUGGAAAGCAAAGAUAUAGCAGGCACAGGACAAACAAAGAGAGAGGGGCAGUAGCAACCUUUGAUUCAUAUGUUCUUGCAGCUGUUUGUGCUUUGGCAUGUGAAGUUAAAUUGUUCUCUUUCACGUCACCAAUGGUAGCUUGCCCACCACAAUCUCUUUUACAUAAAGUGGACGAACCAAUUAGAUCACAUGGACCUAUUGGAAUCUUUCCAAAUGGGAUGUGUUCUGCAGUAAAUCAUACAAGAAGGUUGUUAGGUAUAUUAGAGGGCCUUCUGUCACUAAAGCCAUCUCUUGGAAUAAAUCCAAUGAGUUACAGCUCUAGUGAGAUAGUUGCUGCAGCCAUGGUAGCUGCUCACAUAUCAGAGCUCCUUCGCAGGUCAAAGGCUUGCAUGGAUGCACUAUCUGUUGUAAUGAGAUGCAACUGGGAUCCUGAUCUGUGUUCCAGAGCCUCAUUAGUUCUUGGUCUCAUUGAUGUUAAUGGAAAGGCAGUUACUGUUAUUGCAGAUAAAUCUGAACCAGCUGAAUCACAUGUUCAAUGUGAGGCAGAGGAAAAAGCUAAUAUAAAUAGAGUUGCUUCUGUAGAAAAUUCUCAGGAACAAUCGGCAUUUAUUCAAAGCCAUGAAGAAAACCCCAUAUCACCCUUGGAAACUUUCCCCCAUGGGCACGAGAAGAUCAUUGUAAAAAAUGAAGAUCAAUGUCUUGUAGAUGUAGCGAUUGGUUAUUGUAGAAACAAUAAUGCUAAUGUACAAAUGGAUGCAUCAGAUAAAGCUGCUCCUUGUGCUUUGGAGAUACAUAAAGGGGUGAAUGGGAAUGUAGUGAACUUUGUUAAAGUAGUGCUUGAAGAGAAAGAAGAUCUGUGUGUAGCUGCUGUACCAUUAGUCUGGCAGAGGCUGGUUACAGCUCCUGAAAUGAAAACGAGUGCUGAGAGUACAUCAGCUAAACAAGGUUGGAGGCAGGUAGUGGAUGCUCUUUGCAAGAUUGUAUUGGCAUCUCCUGUGAAAGCAGCAACUGCUAUUGUUCUACAGGCAGAAAGGGAUUUGAGACCCUGGGUUGCUAGAGAUGACACUCAAGGUGAGCAGAUUUGGAGAUUAAAUCAGCGGAUUGUAAACCUUCUUGCUGAACUUCUUAGGAAUCGUAAUGCUCCAGAAGCUUUGAUGGUCUUGGCCAAUGCAUCAGAUCUUCUCUUGCGUGCAACAGAUGGAAUGCCUGUUGAUGGAGAAGCUUGCACAACACCACAAUUAGAGUUAUUGGAAGCAACAGCAGGGGCAGCUCAGUUCUCAUUAGGUUGGGGUUCCCGUGGCAAAGCAACAGCACAAGGGCUCUGGAACCUAUUGAAGAAUUUUAUACAUGCAGUAUCGUCUACCUGCUACUGUCCAAUGCCUGUCGCAUUCCAGUGCUCAUGUUCGUGCACUUAGUACAUCACUUCUGCGGGUUAUUUUGCAUGAAUCCCUAAAUUUUGGACAUGGCAAAUAUUUAUCAGAAAAGAGCCAUCAUUCUGAAAAUGUGUGCUGUGUAGAAGACUUGGUUAUUAAAUACUGGCGUAGAGAUGUGGAGCAAUGCCUUGCUUGGGAAGUUCACAAUCGGCAAGCAAGGGGAAUGUCUGUUGCUCUUCUUGUGUCAGCAGCUAAUGCAUUGGGUUGCUCUGUAGAUAAUAUCUCAUAUUUAACCUGUGGACAUGGUGUAAUACAUUAGGACAAAAAAUCCUUCCAUUCCUUGAAUACAUUUCUUAGUUAAAGAGAGCAUAGAAAAUGUAUUUCUUCAAAUGCAGAAGGAAGUUUAGUGUUCUUUCAGAGCUGUAAUGUUAUUAGUGACAUGGCUAGAAGACUCAAUAUUAUGAGGGGCAAUAGUAAUACUACCCAUUUCCACUGUGGGUAACAAUUAGUAGGCUGUAAAAAAUCCAUUUUUGGAUAGGAGAUUACUAACUAUUAGAGAAGUUUGUUCUUGAGGUGUCCUGUUCACUUUCAGAGAGCAGUCAUUUGGGAAUGUGUACUUGUAUGAAGGUGUUGAUCGCACGUUCAUGAAAUUCUUCAUCAGUUUUUCUUA